AUGAAAAUCAUACCUUGUUAUUUUAUACGUGUCACUAGUUUAUUUUUUAAACGAAUCAGAAUGGAUCAUUUUGGCCUCUCACACAUUUUGCUUGAGCCAGAUAAAUAUAAUCCCGAUACUUUGGACUUACUAGUCGAUGAAGAAGCUAGAGAAUAUUGGCUCAAUACUUGUGAAAAACUGACCGAGAAGUAUGUAAAUUUUGCACUCCUCAAUAAUGAAGACCCUACAGUAGAAAUACGCGCACUUAAAUUUAAAACUUGUUACGUAGAAGCAUUAAAGGAGCUCAGAAUUAAUCCUCUUGCUCAUGGGCAGUUGACCAUACGAUUACUUCUUGACAUCAAUGAAACAUGCCUACGUUCACAGGGAUUCUUUGAUUUGUGGAAAAAACAAAAAAAGUAUGAAAAUGAUAGUGCAUUGGCCACAUUAGCUACACGACUAGCUGAGUUAGAUGCUCUGCCAGAUGAACGACAGAGGUGGAUGGAAAUUAUAAGAGGAGUGUUGGCUGGUAAUAUGUUUGACUGGGGAGCCCAGGCAGUAACCAGUAUUUUAAAUAGUGGACUGUAUGAAGCACUAGAGAAAAUUCAGAAAAGGCCAUGGUUGUAUGAUGGCUUAGACAAAUGGCUUGAUAAGCUGGAGAAAACUGUUCACCAUUGUGCUGCUGUGUUUGUUGAUAAUAGUGGAGUUGAUAUAGUUCUUGGUAUUUUGCCAUUUGUAAGAGCAUUGUUACUAAGAGGAACUGGAGUAAUAUUAUGUGCCAAUGAAUGGCCAGCACUUAAUGAUGUUACCAAUGUUGAAUUAGAAGAGAUUUUGCAGGGUGCUUCACAUAUUUGUCCCAUAAUAUCAGCUGCCCUAUCCACAGGAGAUUUAGUAGUAAGAUCAAGUGGACAAAGAGGUCCAUGUUUGGACCUUAGGACAAUUAGUGUAGGAUUAUGCACUGAAAUGAAAGCUCGUGGAGUGGACUUAAUCAUUUUAGAAGGAAUGGGCAGGGCCCUUCAUACAAAUUUAAAUGCUCGCCUUGCUGUAGAUUCAUUAAAAAUAGCAGUAGUAAAGAAUACAUGGUUAGCUCAGAGACUUGGUGGUCCACUUUUUUCUGUAAUCUUUAUUUAUGAAGAAAAACAGAGUAAAAUAUAA